UUUUGCAAUCAAAACUUCAUGACCUUUGAUCACAUGAUUUCUGUAAAGUUCAUGCAGUCGACAUGUAGGCGUAAAUCGGAUUAUUUUUUAUAAUGCAACACACUUUGAAAGGCAUGUGAACAACGAUGGUCACCGAUUUGACAAAAGUGUUCCGCUCGAACACACAUAUUGACUUUCUCUUCCCCCAAACCCCGGUCUCUGCUUCUCGACUUGUUUCCGGAAUUAUUGUGAUGUUGCGCCUCUCGGUUUGAAAUCUGUGCGACUGAGUUUGAGAAACACACACACCCACAACAUUGUUUUAUUAGGCCUACACCUUUAUGAAAUUAUAAAAGUGCUGUGACCUAAUUAAGAUAUAAUUUCGCCAAAACCUUGGCAGGUUGAACGGAAUUGGGUGGGCGGGCGUCUUUUAAAUUGUUGUGAAAUUGUCAUGUAUGCUGUAUUUCGCAAUAUUCCGUGGAUUGGAUGGUUACCGGAAUAACUGGAAUUUGAACAAUGAGUCACGCGAUUUAAAAAAAAGUGACCUUUCUCCACGAACAGAAAGACUAAAAAUGCUUUCAGUUUUUCACAUAUCUACAUUGACGAAAGGAUUCAACUAGGACAAGUGCCUUCUCCAGCCCACCCUGUGCUAUUGCCUAGAGGGUGAGGAGACAGUUGUGACAAUCGCUUUCACGAUAUGUGAGGCAAAGGUCGGAAGGAGGAAUCUGUCAAACUGUUGCUGAACACAAAGCUCGUGUUACUAUGGAGAUUCAGAGGAACGGAUUCAAAAGAGAAAGUUACAUUCUCUCUGUGGACGUGGGGACAACAUCGAUCAGAUGUCACGUUUUCGACAAGGAAGCCCAGAUUCGAGGAUCAUGCACCACCAAGGUGAAUCUCUUGUAUCCUGAACCGGGCUUGGUCGAGUUGGACCCCGAAGAGCUGUGGAGAGGAUUCGUUAAGGUGGUGAAUGGUGCUGUGCAAGACUCAGGUUUACAGAUGCGUCAGAUGGAGACCCUGGGCAUCUCCACUCAGAGAGGCACCUUCACCACGUGGGACAGGAAAACAGGAGUUCCCUUUCACAACUUCAUCAGCUGGCAGGACUUGAGGGCAGUGGAACUGGUGAGGUCCUGGAACAACUCCUGUACCAUGAAGGCGAUCCACGGUGUUAUGAUGGUGCUGCACUUCCUGUCCAAAAAUAAGCGCUUUCAGGCGGCCAGCCUCAUAGUCUUCUCCACCCAACACGUCACCUUCCGCCUGGCCUGGGCCCUUCGACACUGGAAACAGUUAAGUCAAGCAGUAGCAGAGGGCACCUGCUGCUUUGGGACGAUAGACACCUGGUUGCUUUAUAAGCUCACAAAAGGAUUGGUCCAUGCCACAGACUACUCUAAUGCCAGUGCCACUGGGAUGUUUGAUUCGUACCAGUUGUGCUGGAGUGAAUUCCUCUGCUGUCUCGUCUCGCUGCCUCUCUCCAUCCUCCCCAAAGUACUGAACACUGGUCACCGCUUUGGCUCAACCGAUCCCUCCAUCUUUGGGGUGUCGAUCCCUAUUAUGUCUGUUAUGGCAGACCAGCAGGCGGCCAUGUUUGGUGAGUGCUGCUUCGACAUUGGUGAUGUGAAGAUCACCAUGGGAACGGGCACCUUCAUGAACAUCAACACUGGGAGCAAGCCACACACGUCUGUGGCCGGUCUCUACCCUGUUGUGGGGUGGAAGAUCGGCCCAGAGGUGGUGUAUCUAGCAGAGGGCAAUGCAGCAGACACUGGCACAGCCAUUAAGUGGGCACAGGAGCUGGAGCUGUUCUCAGAUGUACGGGAGACAGAUGCCAUGGCCAACAGUGUGGCCAACUCGGACGGUGUGUGCUUCGUUCCCUCGUUUAGUGGCCUGCAGGCUCCUUUAAACGAUCCCAAAGCAUGCGCCUCUUUCAUGGGCCUAAAACCAUCCACAACCAAGAGUCACCUGGUCCGAGCCAUUCUGGAGUCUGUUGCAUUUAGGAACAAGCAGCUCUAUGAGACGAUGCUUAGAGAAACACACAUUCCCAUCAGGAAGAUCAGGGCGGACGGUGGCAUUUGUACCAAUGACUUUGUCAUGCAGCUGACGGCGGACCUGUUUGGCAGGAAGGUCGCUCGGCCGACCCAACACGAAAUGUCCUGCCUGGGGGCAGCCUUCGUUGCUGGACUGGAAGUUGGCUUCUGGAAGAGUCAGGAGGAGCUGAAGAAACUACAGCGCACUGACCGAGUCUUCCUACCCCGGAAUUUGUACAGAAUGGGUGAUGGGGGCACGGAGGGCGAGUACACACCCAUUCUGCAGAGAUGGGAACAGGCGCUGAAACGCUCUAUGAACUGGUACGGCAAUCCGUGAGGCUCGUAGGACAGUGAGACAGACGUAGGCUUACAGUUGGGUGGACGCACAGACGGGACCUCUGGUGCUGCUAACCAAAGCCCAAUGACUGCCUCUAUGAUAUCUGACCUCUCAAUAGUAUCUCAUUCUCUCUGUCCAUGGGUUGGACAGAUGGGAAAAUACUUUAUUUUUAAUUUUUAAAUCGUAUUAUUCGAAGUAAACACUUAUCUGACAUGACUAGAUCUGUAAAAUGUAGUAUAAUCCAACUAUGUUAUAUUAGUGACUAUGUCAAGGAAGGAAGGAUAGGACGAAGGAGGAUGCAUUUGAAAAAUAUUGGACCUGGGUUUUAGGACCGAGUGGACCUCUAAUGCUGCUGAACCUUAUGACCUUUUGACUUGAGGCCCUGGCCAGGCGCUCAAGAUUAUUUUGACCCCAUACAACCUUACCUAACUCAUUACAGCACACGAGGAAAAUGUUUUUUGAAUGUUUCACGACUGUGAACUAAACUGUCUCUCUCCUAGUAGUCUCUCCCUGUUCCAGUGUUUUCAUUGUGUCUGAUGGACCCCACCCAGGUGUCUAGUCUCUCCCUGUUCCAGUGUUUUCAUUGUGUCUGAUGGACACCACCCAGGUGUCUAGUCUCUCCCUGUUCCAGUGUUUUCAUUGUGUCUGAUGGACCCCACCCAGGUGUCUAGUCUCUCCCUGUUCCAGUGUUUUCAUUGUGUCUGAUGGACACCACCCAGGUGUCUAGUCUCUCCCUGUUCCAGUGUUUUCAUUGUGUCUGAUGGACACCAUCCAGGUGUCUAGUCUCUCCCUGUUCCAGUGUUUUCAUUGUGUCU